GGAUCCGAUGCAAGCCUUUGCUGAUCGCCUCAUGGCCCAUGCUCAGGAGGAUCGGCACCAACAGCAGCUUUGGAUGGACCAGCAAGUGGCCGGCCUUCCCGUGAUGAGCCGGGAGGCUGAGAGCCUUGAUGAGCCUCCAGAGGUUCCGGCAUUGAACGCCAUGAUUGCCAUUCUGGAUGAGGAGGAAGAGGAGGAGAAGGAGUUCGAGCGCUUGAAGCCUUACCUGCCUGAAUUGGGGCAGGAAGCAAGCAGCAUCGUGCUUGCUGGAAAGGAUGGCAGCAAUCCGUUUGUCACCCAAGCUGUGGAGGUCUUUCAGCGGUACUACCCUGAUGUGGAUCUCUCAAGCGCUUUCGGUGAUCACUACAAAGAGGUGCUGCGUGCUGCAGCGCACAAAUCAGCCAGAGGAGGUCACAUCGAGAAGCUUCAACUCAUGAAUGUGGAAAUGGCAGAAGAGGAACGUCGCCUGCAAGAGGAGCGGCGGAACCUGCUCAGGGACUUGCGUCAGCGGCGAUAUUUGCUGCAAGAGGGGCGACGGGCGCUGGGAUCCAUCGGCGACACUAAGAUUGGAGCCAAGGCUGCUACGAAGAUUCCGGAGGCGUUGGCCCUGGGCUUGGGCGCGCCCAAUGGGCUCCUUUUUCCGGGCAUGGAAGCAACGGAUUCUGCUGAGCAAGAAGUGUGCUUUCCGAGGACAGAAGUCGAGGUCCUCCCGAAGGCUGCCAAGCCCAAGAGCAAACCGCUCGGUUUGCUGGCGUCCUUGAAGUUGGAUCAGGAUGAAGAACCAUUUACACUGGAAGAGCUUACCGGCUUACCACAAAGAAAGAAGGUUCAAGCCCCAGCAAAGCUCGGGGGACUCAGCGAGUGGGCCCCGGCGCACAAUGUCAGCCGUGCGGAAAAGGAAGAGGCGGACCGACAACUCCGUGCCUUGGAGCAGCAACAGCGCUUGGAGCGCUUGAAGGAGAGGCGCCUGCAAAGAGACAAGGCGAACGCUCUUGAGAAGGCGGCCCUUGGAAAAGUGAUGUCCUGGGGCCCGGCUUCGAAGAUCGCUUCUUAAUGCUGAGCCAUUUUGUUGAGGAUUGCUCUGCGAAAAAUGUAUCCCUGUCUUCUGGCCGUCUGAUCAAAUCUAC